CUCGCCGCCGCAGGUCUCCGAGCACGCGUCAGGUCCGGUUGUCCCAACUUCUCCGCUAGCAGCCUGCCCCGCAACUCCAGUUGCUCCGGUCCGGACGCCCGCGUCGGCACAGGCUCUGCGACAUGUCGAUGCUGGCUGAGCGUCGGCGGAAGCAGAAGUGGGCUUUGGAUCCAAGAAAUACCAGGUGGAGUAACGAUGAUUCCAAGUUUGGCCAGAGGAUGCUGGAGAAGAUGGGGUGGUCUAAAGGAAAGGGUUUAGGGGCUCAAGAGCAAGGAGCCACAGAACAUAUUAAAGUUCAAGUUAAAAAUAACCACCUGGGACUUGGAGCCACGAUCAAUAAUGAAGACAACUGGAUUGCUCAUCAGGAUGAUUUUAACCAGCUUCUGGCUGAAUUGAACACUUGUCAUGGACCAGAAACAGCAGACUCCUCAGACAACAAGGAGAAGAAAUCUUUCAGCCUUGAGGAAAAGUCCAAAGUCUCUAAAAACCGUGUUCAUUAUAAGAAAUUCACAAAAGGGAAGGAUCUAUCAUCUCGGAGCAGAACAGACCUGGACUGCGUUUUUGGGAAAAGACAGACUAAGAAGACUCCCGAGGAUGAUUCCAGUCCUGCCACUCCAGAUGGGAAUGAAAACUCCACUACGACAACCAGCACCUUCACCAUCCAGGAGUACUUUGCCAAGCGGAUGGCAGAGCUAAAGAACAAGCCACAGGUUGUGGCUGCAGGGCCUGACCUUCCAGAGACCCAAAUGGAAAGGAAAAGGGGAAAGAAAAGAAAGAAAGAGGCAAAAAAUAAAAAUGUGGAGAAUUACAUCCAACCCAAGAUCAAGAAAAAGAGAGACCAAGCUGAGCAGCAGCUUGGAGACCCUCAGGGGGACAAGAAUUCUGAUGCUUCUGCUGAAGAUGGAGAGGACUGCAUGUGGUUAUAUGAUGACCAGGACUUACCACCAAAGCCCAAAAAAAAGAGAGAAAAGAAAAAGCUACAAAAGCAGGUUGAGGCAGCAGUGGAUGCUACUGUGGAUGAAACACCAGUGAAAAAGAAGAAGAAAAAGAAGAAAGAUUCCAAGUAAAUUCUCUCUGGAGCCAGGGCCUUCCAGCCACUCAGGUGUCUGGGCACUGCCAGGCUGCCUUGGCCUGGAGUCAGAGCAGAGUUCACCCAAGAGAGUGUGUGCACACCUUUUAACAUGCCCGCGGAUUGCUGGGUCUCGCCCUCUCACCACAUUUUCCCCAAACCAUUUUUCAAGAAGGACUUUUUAAUGUUUCAAAUCAUGGCUCUCAUGAACAAAUAAAUUUCUUUGUAGACUCCGA